AUGGACAACUACGAGCGGCUCGAAAAGCUCGGCGAGGGCGCCGCCGGCGUCGUCUACAAGGCCCGGGAGCGCCGCACGGGCGCCAUCGUCGCCAUGAAGUGCCUCCGCGCCGCCGGCCGCGAUGACGGCCAGCUCUCGGAGGACCUCCUCCGCGAGGUGCACUGCCUGACGGCGUGCCGCGGCCACCCGAGCCUCGUCGAGAUACGGGCCGCCGGACGCGAUGCCUCCAACGCGUUCCUCGUGAUGGAGUACGUCGGCCCGAGCCUGGCGCAUGUCAUGCGGGAGCGCAGCGGCGGCUUCAGGAGGCCGUUCCCCGAGGCCGACGCGCGCCGGCUCAUGCGGCAGCUCCUGGACGGCGCCGCGGCCAUGCACGCCCUCGGCGUCCUGCACCGCGACCUCAAGCCCGACAACGUCCUCGUCGACGCGCACGGCAACCUCAAGAUCUGCGACUUCGGGCUGUCGCGCUUCGCCGCCCCUACUACGGGUGCGCCAUACACGGCGCCCGUGGUCACGCGGUGGUACCGCGCGCCGGAGCUCCUGCUGGGAUCGCGGGAGUACGACGCGGGGGUGGAUACCUGGGCGCUCGGGUGCAUCAUGGCCGAGCUCCUCGCCGGCGCGCCGCUGUUUCCCGGGAGGACGGAGAUGGACCAGCUCAACAUGGUGUUCGACACGGUCGGCACGGGCGACAUGACGGACUGGCCUGCCUUCCUGCGUCUCCCGCGCGCCGGCUCGCCGCUUUGUCACCAGAGCAGGCCGCCAAGCCGGCUUCGGGAGAUGUUCCCCGCAUUGUCCGCCGCCGGUUUCGACGUCCUCAGCGGGCUGCUGGCCUGCAGACCGGACAGGAGGCUCACCGCCGCGGACGCGCUGCGGCGUCCAUGGUUCACCGACGCCGAGUCGCCUGACCAAGCACGUAACGCAUGCGGCGCCCGAUUCAGCGAGCGUGUCGGCGGCGUUGCUGAUGCCAUCGUUGUAUAG